ACACAAAAGUCAAUCAUAUACUGUCAUCGAAAAAAACUCUCAAGCAAAAUUCCCAUCACAGUGAACGAAAUGAAUACCUAUUGCGCCGCAGGAGACGCCUCGUGUUCCUGCAACGAGCUGCGCCACCGUUGCCUGCUGGGCAAGAUCGCCGGCCUGAAGCAGCAAAUCGAGCGAUUGAAGUUUCGCGUGAAGCUGGAGAAGCGCCAGCUGCACCAGGAGCAGGCCCAGAUGCUCGUCUACAGCAGCCCGGACUAUUUCGAACCGAGAAAAAUGCACUUUUGCACCAACUCCUACGGCUUGACCACCGACAGGCUGAAUCCCACCACCGGCCCUUACUCAUAACUCAUACUUAAUCCAUUAUAAAGCUAAGAAACUCCAAAUCGAAAUUGAAAUGUAACUUUUUAAUAAAUAAAGCAAGAUAUUAUACUAAAC